AUGACGUUUAAUAGAAAACAAGCCAGUAAGUGUACAUCUCUUGUUACCCCAGUCGGUGUGCGUUUCUCUACUCCUCCUUGUAUAAUUACACCCCCUCCUUCCACAACCCAUUCCCUCUUAAAUCAUCUUUUAGGAGGUAGCCUGCAGCCCUCUGUAGAUGUAGAUCCAUCUGGAAUCUCUCCUGCAUCAGCCUUCCAGAGUACCCAGCCCCUUCCAGCACACAGGGGCCAGCCUCCUACCACAGAGCAUAAGAGGGGAGUUAGAGCAUGGUCUGUGUCUGAUCCUUGCUGGUUGCCUGAUUCCCACCCUGUUCUCAGGGAUCUGGCUAUGGAUGCUGAGUGUUUGGAGUGCAUGCCCUGUGUGCAGCCUGAGCUCCCCGCUGCAGAGGAGGAAAGCAGCGGGGAGGGAGAUGAUGACAUUAUUGGCACUGAAGAGGGAAGACAGCAGCAGGAUGUGCCAAGCUCCGAGCUUUCAGAAGCCCCACAGCUGGGGGGGCACCAGGAAGACAUCUUAUGUGACUACAAAUCAUCUGUCAAACCCAACAAGGCAUGGGCUCCCACUAUCUACACCUGUUUUGCCAAGGAGCAAUUCUGGUUUGCAGGGCACCAAAUUACAAUUCAGGAGUCCAUUGAAGGCUACGGAGGAGUAAUCUGGCCAGGAGCAACAGCUUUAUGUCAAUUUCUGGAAGGAAACCAAGAUGAAUUCAACUUGCGACACAAGAAGGUUCUUGAAAUUGGCUCUGGGACAGGACUGGUAUCCAUUGUUGCAUGCCUCCUAGGGUCUCACGUCAUAGCAACUGAUUUGCCUGAUAUACUUGGGAAUCUGAGGUUUAAUUUAUCGAGAAACACAAAUGGAAAGAGACUGUAUGAUCCCGAAGUGAGAGAACUGGUGUGGGGACAAGAUCUGGAAAGCAGAUUCUCCCUAUCAACUUGUGUUUAUGAUUACAUAUUGGCAGCUGAUGUAGUGUAUUACCACACAUAUCUGGAAGAAUUACUGCACACUAUGAAAUAUUUUUGUCAGCCAGGUUCUACCCUUUUAUGGUCCAAUAAAUUCAGAUUUAACACAGAUUAUGAAUUCUUAUCAACGUUCAAUACGACAUUCAACGUUGAAUUACUGCAAGAGUUUUCCGACUUGGGGGUUAAAAUAUUCAAAGCAAAAUGCAAGGAAAACUGAAUUAGCAUGUUUGGUUAGCAUAGAAAGUGAUGGCAAAUAAGAACCAAUUAGUCCCAUUAGUUUGGAAAUCUCAAACUGAUUUUAUGUAUUUGGUCUGGGUUGCCAUAUACAUAUCACAAGCAAUCUUGCAUUAAUUUGCUAUCAAAUUUUAGACUAAAAGAGCUAAAGUAGUCUCCAAUUUGACUAUUUUGACAGUCUGCUUGUAGAAUAGACACAAUUUAAGGUACCUACUAUGCCUUUUCCAAAGUAUUAAAGGGGCAUGCAUCACUUUGAGACAACUAUCUCUUUAGCUUUGAAUGAGACAGUUGGCACAUUCUAUAGGCUGAAAAAAAAACCAGAUAAAUAUGUUUUGUUUUUCUAUUGUACAUGCUUCUUCUUUUUAUGCUUUUCACACCCCCUCCAGGGGGAGACUGAUCUAACCAAUCAGUGGCCUAUCCCUAGGAAUACUGGCAUGUGUGACAGAUUUAAACAUUUGCAGUUGGAAUAUCUCUUCACUUUGCAACAUCCCUACAAGGGAAGAAGAGAUGGAGUCUGAUCAGUGUGAUUCGUGCAUUCAAGCACGCUCCAUUGGCAGGUUUCUCUCUCUUGCUGCACAAUGAUGCUAUGUAUCUGUCAUUAGUUGACUGGUCUGAAACUGAGCUGAGUGGAUAAGAGGAGGGUGGGGGGGCUAAAGA